AUGUACUUCUUUGUUGUUUCUACGAUGCAGGGAAACAUUCUAAUCGCCAUUUUGCUCUCCACCAUUUCCUUUGUGGGAAUACUUGCCGCAAUAAGCUACUUUUUCUACGCCAGAAGUCUCGGAGCUAAUAUUAGGAUCGAGAGAGAAAUUCGACGCCGGCGUGUACACCGUCCACGGGGAAACCACCCGAGCCAAGAAGAUGUUGAGCGAGCAACUCCAUAUUACCAUAGAGGAUGGGUACGACGAAUGACUCCAUAUCAAAAUCCCAGGCCUGUUCCCAGCCACGCAGGCUAUACGACCUUCAGAAAGUCAAGACCGGUCGCACGCCCAAGAUCUUCUCAUUACAUUCCAAGGGUUGACCCAAGAGAUGCCGAAGCCCCGGUUGCAGACAAUCCUCGUCACUCACGCUACAAGACUAGGCAAUAUGACAAGGGGGCAGAAAUGGACGAGAAUCGAAGUGAUAGCAUGGGGACCAAGAGCAUUGAAGCGAUAAAAACUGGGAAGGGACUUCAUGGUCGCAAACCCACCGGCAAACAGUAUAACAACGAUGAGAUCGGAUCGUGGAUGAGGCGAAGUGGAGAACUGAGCAAUCGCGCAAGAGAGAAAGUCUCUGGUCAUCACGGGAGAAGUUCGGGAAGGGCCAAGAACGAGGAUAAAGAUGGCAGGCCUUAUGAACAAGAGAAGAAAGCUUGGCCUGAAAGUGUCAAGAAUCAUGCGGAAGGUGACAUUGGGGAUCGGCCUGGUUCCUCACGCCAUAGUAAAACCGCAUCAAGACACAGCGGACCCCCACUUCCGCCGUCGUCAAGAAAUCAUAUAUCGAAAGAUGAGUUCCGUGAUAAAGAUGGUGCCCGGGAUGACAACAACCGGGGCAAUAACAACAACCAAGGCAAUAACAAUGUCUGGGGCAAGGAUGAGAACAACCAAGGCGAUGACAACAACCAAGGCGAUGACAACAACCAAGGCAAUGACAAAAGAUGGGGCGGGGAUGACAACAACCAAGGCAAUGACAAAGUCUGGGGCGAGAAUGACAACAACCAAGGUAAUGACAAAGUCUGGGGCGAGAAUGACAACAACCAAGGCAAUGACAAAGUCUGGGGCGAGAAUGACAACAACCAAGGCAAUAACAAAGGCUGGGGCGGCAGCAAAGAGGAUAACAACCAGGCCAAGGCAAAUAGCUGGGGCAGCUAG